AUGCGCUGCCUUUUCUCAGCAUUUGGACCGUUCCACCUGGUCAUGGCCGCCAUUCAGGAGUCCGUAUGUCGGCGCUGCAGAACGCUUUUCAGACGGGAGGAGAACACCCAAGAGGCGUGUCGGUUCCACCCCAAGAUGUUUGUGAGCCGCAAGCAUGACGAUCAAAAGAGGUACUAUGAACUGAAAGACGGAGAUCCUGAGUAUCCUGCUCGCUUCUAUGAUUGCUGCGGUGCUGAGGAUCCCAGUGCCCCUGGAUGCACCACUGCUUGCCACGUGUCUUACGAUGAUUGA